AUGAUAACACAUUUGAUCUUCGUUGGUCUUCUCUCCCUCCACAGCUCUUCUUUAAGUCAAGCAUGUAAUCCAAAUAUUCUGGAGAACAUGGAUUUCCCGGGAAAUGACAUAACAUUUCUCUACUCCCCUGAUGUUAACCACUGUCAGCUAUUGUGCACCCAGCACCCCUCUUGCCUCUUCUUUAGCUUUGUUCGUGCUGAUUGGACCCAUGAUGACAGGAGAGACUACAGGUCCUUGUUCACAGGUGACCACGAGGAGUGUCAGCGAGUGUGCACCCAGGACCCUGCGUGUCAGUUCUUCGCUUUUGUAAAAGACAAUUUCUCAAAUAGUAAAGUCAGGUAUAAGUGUCACCUUAAAUUCAGUUGGACUGUACCAAGGACUCCUGUUAUUGAAAGAAGAGCUGGUGUAACAUCUGGAUUCUCCCACAUAACAUACCAAACUCAGCACUUUGACAAAGUAUGUCAGAGAAAGCUUUUUCCAAACACUGACAUCCCAGGAAGUGACAUUGAGUCGCUGCCUGCUGCCUGUCCUGAACACUGUCAGACUCUGUGCUCAACUCAUCCGCGCUGCACCUACUUCACUUAUAACAGGAAUACCUUUGUUUGUUACCUGAAGGAAAACACACAUGAAAUAGUCACCAGGGCAGAUACAGGCACUUCAGGGCUACCACACCGUUCCUGUCAGCUUAACAGCAACUGGGCUAGAGUGGCUCAUGAAGGAGUAGAUUUCAAAGGUUCUGACAUUCGCUAUGAGCUGAUCGAUGAUGCAGACACAUGUCAGAAGACAUGCACUGAGGACCCUCACUGCCAGUUCUACACCUACGUUGAUGAAACUUUCUUUGAUUGCAGUUAUUGGCGUCGCUGCUACCUGAAGCGUGUCAUCACCAUCCCUGCUCCUCCCAAAGUCAUCAAAGUCACCAAUGUUGUGUCGGGUUUCUCCCUUAAAAACUGCCCAUAG